AUGGUCCAGUUAUCGUGGGCCGCGGCCAUCAAGGUCGAACUUGUGCCAACAGCCAAGAGAAAGAGGGAGAAGUCGUUCGCGAUCCUCACGGAGACGCCCUCAGCCUCCCGUCCCUCCAGCCCGCGGUCACUGCCCGUGGACCUCCGGCAAGAGAGGGUCUCGCCCUUUAAAGGCAGGGGCUUCAGAGAAGAGACCUCACGGCACAACACUCCAAAAACCUCCACGUGCAACUCAAGAGCCAGCUCUCCACCACGUAGAAGAACUAACUCGCUCUCCAAAAUAGACAAGAUGGCGCAGGCCGCGACAUUACCCCUGCCAGUGCAGCUAACCAGACCCCACUCCCCCAGGAACUUCUUAAAACAGAACAUAGAAGAAGUAAGAGAACUCAGUGAGCUCAACAGAGAGAAGCACGAAGCAGAAGCAGAGAAGAAAAGGAUAGAAGAAGAAGAAGCUUUACUAGUAGAGAUGGGACUACUUGAUAAAAAGAGUUUGAGGUCCCGAUCUUCCUCUAGAAGUAACUCUCCAAGCAAGAUCAAAUUGCGGUCAAGAUCUAACUCCCCCGCAGCAAUACUUCAUUUCGAGAAUAUUCCAGCGAACAGCAAAGAAUUUAUCAACACUGACGAUGGUUUAGCAAAACCUGUAACACAUAGGUCUAGACUUAGAUCUGUGUCUAGAUCUCAGCCGCAAUCUAACGACGGAUCACCGAAACAUUCCAAAAUUCCCAAACGCCAAAACUCUGUUUCUCCUACAAGACGAGAUAGAUCGGUCUCCAGAAGGCCUUUAGAAAAUGGUUUAAAUAAGAACCAACGGUUUAUAUCUAAUAGCACAAGCAGUAUUCAUGAAACUAUUAGGGUAGGCAGUCAGGUGCAUGAUAAACGAGCUAUGAGCAAAAGCACGCAGCAUUUGAAUAUCUCCCCUGCCCAUAUAAAAGGCAAACCUCCAAUUUCCCCAGGCAGGGGAGGUCCACCGCCUUCGAACAAAACUAUCAAUGCGAAACGACUCUCACCCAUAGUUGGUACUCCCAACAAAAGUCCAGACGACUUAAAACCUAGCUCGGCUAAAACAUCAACCAAACCAUCACAUGUACAUAAAAAUCGGUAA